AUCAAAAUUCUUCGUUCAAAAUAAAAAUCACUCACUACUACACUCUCUUUCUCUCUCAUCGUUUACUCUUCCUUUGACCUUCAUCACUCCAGAUUCCGAUGAACCACAACUCUCGUCCGAGGUUUCCGCCGGGGAUCGGCAACGGUCGCGGCGGUUAUGUGCAGCAAAACCCUAAUUUUCAAAAUAGGCCGCCAUAUCACCACCAACAACCGCAACAGCAACCUCAGUAUGUGCCGCGCAACGCGCCGCCGCAGAAUCAGCAUCAGUAUCAACAGCAGCAGCAGCAGCAACAAGUGCAACAACAGCAACAGCAACAGCAGCAGCAGUGGAUGAUGAGACGUCCUGCUAAUUCUGCUACUGAUGGUGGUUCUAAUCAGUCUUCUGUUAAUCAAGUUGAGAAAUCUAUGCAAACUGCUUCUUCUGGUGUGGAUUCUAGUUCCCAAGAUUGGAAGGCAAACCUUAAGCUUCCACCUGCUGAUACCCGUUACAUGACAGAGGAUGUCACUGCUACAAAAGGAAAUGAAUUCGAGGAUUAUUUCUUGAAACGUGAGCUACUCAUGGGUAUAUAUGAAAAGGGAUUUGAACGUCCUUCCCCAAUCCAGGAGGAAAGUAUCCCGAUUGCGUUAACAGGAAGUGAUAUUCUUGCCAGAGCUAAAAAUGGAACUGGAAAAACAGCUGCAUUUUGCAUCCCUGCUCUGGAAAAAAUAGACCAAGACAACAAUGUAAUUCAAGCUGUUAUACUCGUUCCCACUAGAGAGUUGGCCCUUCAAACAUCACAGGUAUGCAAAGAGCUUGGCAAGCAUCUAAAGAUCCAAGUUAUGGUCACAACAGGAGGGACUAGUUUGAAGGAUGAUAUUAUGCGUUUGUAUCAACCAGUGCAUUUGCUGGUUGGAACACCAGGAAGAAUAUUAGAUCUUGCAAAGAGGGGCAUAUGUGUUCUAAAAGACUGCUCCAUGCUUGUAAUGGAUGAGGCCGACAAACUUUUAUCCCCUGAAUUUCAACCAUCCGUGGAGCAGUUGAUUCGUUUUCUUCCUGGAAACAGGCAGGUUUUGAUGUUUUCGGCUACUUUUCCCGUCACUGUCAAGGAUUUCAAAGAUAGAUUCUUGCAAAAGCCAUAUGUAAUCAACCUUAUGGACGAGCUUACUCUCAAAGGUAUUACACAAUUUUAUGCUUUUGUGGAAGAAAGACAGAAGCUCCAUUGCCUGAACACGCUUUUCUCGAAGCUACAAAUAAACCAAUCCAUUAUAUUUUGCAAUUCUGUGAAUCGAGUGGAAUUAUUGGCCAAGAAAAUUACAGAGCUUGGUUAUUCUUGCUUUUACAUCCAUGCUAAGAUGCUCCAGGACCAUCGAAAUAGAGUAUUUCAUGAUUUUCGCAAUGGUGCCUGCAGGAACCUUGUCUGCACAGAUUUGUUUACAAGGGGUAUAGACAUUCAAGCAGUAAAUGUUGUAAUCAAUUUUGAUUUCCCAAAAAACUCAGAAACCUAUCUGCACAGAGUUGGUCGUUCUGGAAGAUAUGGGCACCUUGGAUUGGCUGUCAACCUAAUCACAUAUGAGGAUCGCUUUAACUUGUACAAGAUUGAACAAGAGCUUGGCACCGAAAUCAAGCAAAUUCCUCCGCACAUAGAUCAGGGUAUCUACUGCCGGUAACAAAUUGUUCUCUGGGUGGACUGAUGUUUGAGCAUAUUUCUGGUUCAAGGAUCAAUGCAGAGGAUGGAGAAGAAGCUAGCAACACUUUUUUAAGAGGCAGCUGAAGACCUGUGCUGAUUUGUGAGAUGAUAUUGAGGGGGUUGUCCAUUAGACUUCCCUGAAAUUGAUGAAGCCCGACUGCUUGAAGACGCAUGUUUGACAAUUCACAUAUCCUAGCAGUGAAAAGGUUUCUGUAACUUCCUGUUUUUUUUCAUAUUCUUUAUUCGCAUUUAACUUUAGGCGUCAACUUUCCAAAAAAAAAAAACGAAAAAGAAAAAAAAAAGAAAAAAAUAAUAAAAACCAAAAAAAAAAAAAGGUAGGCAUCAACAGCUUUAAACUUAGUUACAUGUAGAGGGCUUUUAAAUCUUGUACUUUUUAUUUUUAAUCCUUUUAGAGUUUAGACUGUGUAUUCAUCGUGUUGUUGCACAUUAACUGUAAGGAGGUGGAAUGUUACGUGAUAGAUGUUAAAUUCCAGCAAACCACCAGAAUCUGCUUCCAUGUUCUGAGUGGAAGAUGUUACUCUGGUGCAUCAACCCUCUAUAUUGUGGUUUUUGUCCUCAAAUUGUGCAUCUUCGUUUGUAGCAUUUUUUUUUUUUUUUUUUUGAAACCUUCAGCAUAUUCUCAUUCGUUGUCAUCGACAGCGAUAUAACUUUAGGGUGUUACUUGAGAAAUGUGUUUCAUGACUCAUGAUCGUCAAAUUCAUCACUGGUCGGUUCUCUCAA